AAAUAUGAACACCAGAUGGCGUCAAUCCCCCGGUUCAGCCUAAACCCUGCCGGAAAUACCACAGAAGAAGAAGAAGAAGAAGAUCCACUGGCAACUAUGGCGGAGAGAAGCAGCACGGACAGCAGCGGCGAUGCUAUUAAAGAUGAAAAUGUGGCCUCUGAAGGAUCUAUGAUCGUGGUAACCGUCAAAACCCCAAAUGGGAAAGAGGACAUCACAAUUUCAGGGGAUUCUUCUGUCGCCCAGUUCAGACAGGAGGUCUCCAAAAAGUUCCAGGCCAAGCAGGACCAGCUGGUGUUGAUAUUUGCUGGCAAGAUUCUGAAGGAUGCUGAUGCUUUAAGCCAGCAUAAUAUCAAAGAUGGGAUGACUGUUCAUCUUGUUAUAAAGACCAACGCAAAACCAACAGCUGACAGUACAUCUCAGGCAAGUUCUAGUUCUGCAGCAGCUCCAAAUAGCAGUAGCAGCACCAGCACCACCGCUGCUGCAGACAGACCAGGAGGUGGCAUGAGUCAGAAUCCAACCCAACCUGCUAAUGCAAUGAGUGGACUUGGUGGACUUGGUGGACUUGGUGGACUUGGUGGACUUGGUGGUGGACUUGGUAGUGGACUUGGUGGUGGACUUGGUGGUGGACUUGGGGACCUGUCCAGCAUGUUGGGUCUGGGCUCUGGUUCCACCAACUUCAUGGAGAUGCAGCAGCAGGUGCAGAGUCAGCUGAUGUCAAACCCACAGAUGCUGUCGCAGGUCAUGGGGAGCCCGAUGGUCCAGAACAUGAUGUCCAACCCAGACCUGAUGAGACAGAUGUUGGCAGGCAAUCCUCAAAUGCAGCAAUUAAUGGACCAGAACCCAGAUGUUUCCCAGAUGUUUGGAAACCCUGAGCUAAUGAGACAGUUACAGAAUCCCACAACGAUGUCCAUGCUGACCAAUCCUCGAGCCAUGCAGGCCCUCGUGCAAAUCCAACAGGGCCUGCAGACCCUACAAACAGAAGCCCCCGGAUUCAUGUCCAGAUUGUCUCUUGGAGGCCUCCCAGUUCCCCCAUCCACAGGGGGUAGCAUACCUCCAGUAAACCCACAGCCUCCUGGCAUGCCAUCAGGAGCAGGUCUCCCCUCAGCCAGCAGUCCCUCCCAGCAGCAGCUAAUGCAGCAGAUGUUACAGAUGUUUGCCGGCGGUGGGCCAUCACUUCAGACCCCAGAGGUUCGUUUCCAGCAGCAGCUCGAUCAGCUCAGCGCCAUGGGCUUCAUCAACCGCGAAGCCAACCUGCAGGCUCUCAUCGCCACGGGAGGGGACGUCAACGCCGCCAUCGAGAGACUGCUGGCCUAACUCGCUUGCUUCCUCCUGGGGUUAAAGGUGAAAGACCAGCAGAGUCAGGGACGGUUAUGGGUGAUUUUAAAAAAAGUUAUUUCCAACAGACUCGGUCCUACGCUGAAUGCUGUGAGCUGCUUCUGCAAAAUGAUGCCAAGACCGUCGCUGCUCGGACCGCUGAGUUACUCCUGCAACUGUAGCUGGAGAUGAUUUCUGUAAAGACAAGUGCUUAUUCAAAAGAUUUAACAUUAUAUUUAAUUUAACAAAUUCUAUUUAGGUGGUAAGAGUUUCGAAUCAAAGUUCUGUUGCAGUAGGUUGGAUGAUGCUCUUGUUAGAUUCGAUCUGUUUCUGUCUUUUGAUGGUUUUUUUUUUGCCUGGUUUACUGGUAUUUAUAGAAGUUAAACAUUUUCAUUAUCAUAACUGAAUCACGCGAGGAUGGUCAAACUGCUGCCUCAAUAUUUGGAGAAGAGGAAGUGAAAGUUUUCAAGUUGUAGAACAAAGGAUGUAUUGUGGGUGUGAUUAAGGGUUUGACAGCGUUAUGUUGUUUUUUUUUCCACAUUUGAAGGAAACUGACUUUUCCACUGCACUAAAACAUGCCCCUCGUUAGAUUAAAGGUUGUGAUUGGUCUUGACUUGAACCAGGCCGGUUUAAAUGUGUCUGAAGAAGAGGAAGAACUAUGAAUUCUGUGACGGUGAAGGUGCAACCUGCCAUACUCUUACCUAGUUGUCGUUGCCUUCAAGACUUUGGUUCAAGUUGAUUUCUGGUCGAGUAACAUUCCAAAAGUAAAAUGAAAUGGGACAUACUCCUGAUAUUUUUGUUUGUUUUUUUGUUCUUAUUAAAUUGAUUCUGUCUUAAGUGUCUGAACAGGUCCCAGAUAAAUAACGGUGAUGCUUAAAAUAAAUUCUGAUGAGCCAUUCAAACCCUGUUGAUUAAAGAUGAAGUAAAACUCAUAACAAUUACAGUUGUGUAUUUUUAUACCAGCAGUGCAGAGCCCUAAAUAUAACGUUGGGAUCUGCAAUUCCAUACACCGCUUAAUGAUCUGUGAAAUCUUUUAUUGUAUGACUUUGUCUGGACAGAAAAGUAGGCUUUUUUUUUCCAAUCCAAUAAACCAUUUACAACUUG